CACCCUCUCGACCCAGCACCAUGGCUAAACCAGGCCUGAAUAUGGAGCUGAAUCGCUUGGUUCAGGACCAGCCACCUGGCCAGGAGGGCCCCAGGCCUGGGCCCCCAAACCCAGCCGAGCAACUCCCCAAUGUGCCCAGCUAUCGUCCAACAAUCACCCGCAUUCCUGUCCUCGUUUCCCGGAGGACAACCUUGUCCAACUCCAGCUUUGCCAGGGAGACCAGGAGCUCCAUCCGUCGCCUGGUACCAGCCACGAAAGAGCACCCAGAGCUCCAGGUAGAAGACACGGAUGCUGACAGUCGGCCCCUCAUCCCAGAGGAGAAGGUCCCUUCACCGGAGAGACCACCCUCUCCUUCAAAAUCUGACACCCUCAGGGUCCCUGGCUCCGCCGCAGCAGCUCACAGGAAGAAGCUACCCUCUCAGGAUGACGAAGCUGAAGAGCUCAAGGCACUGUCACCAGCAGAGUCCCCAGUGGUGGCCUGGUCAGACCCCACCACCCCACAGGAGGCUGAUGGCCAGGACCGUGCAGCCUCCACAGCCAGCCAGAGCAGUGCCAUCAUCAAUGACCGGCUCCAGGAGCUGGUGAAGCUGUUUAAGGAACGGACCGAGAAGGUGAAGGAGAAGCUCAUUGACCCCGAUGUCACUUCUGAUGAGGAGAGCCCCAAGCCCUCCCCAGCCAAGAAGGCUCCAGAGCCAGCCGCAGCCCAGAAGCCUGCAGAGGCAGAGGCAGCGGAGGAGGAGCAUUACUGCGACAUGCUCUGCUGCAAGUUCAAGCGCAGGCCCUGGAAGACGUACCGGUUCCCCCAGAGCAUCGACCCACUGACCAACCUCAUGUACAUCCUGUGGCUGUUCUUCGUGGUGCUGGCCUGGAACUGGAACUGCUGGCUGAUCCCCGUGCGGUGGGCCUUCCCGUACCAGCGGCCAGACAACAUCCACUUCUGGCUGCUGAUGGAUUACCUGUGUGACCUCAUCUACCUCCUGGACAUCACCGUGUUCCAGAUGCGCCUGCAGUUUGUCAAAGGCGGGGACAUCAUUACAGACAAAAAGGAGAUGCGCAACAACUAUCUGAAGUCCCGCCGGUUUAAGAUGGACCUGCUCUGCCUCCUGCCCUUGGACUUCCUCUACUUGAAACUCGGAGUGAACCCCCUCCUUCGCCUGCCCCGCUGCUUGAAGUACAUGGCCUUCUUCGAGUUUAAUAACCGAUUGGAAGCCAUCCUCAGCAAAGCCUACGUUUACAGGGUCAUCAGGACCACUGCCUACCUGCUCUACAGCUUGCACCUCAACUCCUGUCUUUACUACUGGGCAUCGGCCUUCCAGGGCAUCGGUUCCACUCACUGGGUUUACGACGGCGUGGGGAACAGUUACAUCCGAUGCUACUACUGGGCUGUGAAAACCCUCAUCACCAUUGGAGGGCUGCCCGACCCCCAGACACUCUUUGAAAUUGUCUUCCAGCUGCUGAAUUAUUUUACAGGUGUCUUCGCUUUCUCUGUGAUGAUUGGACAGAUGAGAGAUGUGGUGGGGGCUGCCACAGCGGGACAGACCUACUACCGCAGCUGCAUGGACAGUACGGUGAAGUACAUGAACUUCUACAGGAUCCCCAGGUCUGUGCAGAACCGUGUCAAGACCUGGUAUGAGUAUACCUGGCAUUCACAAGGCAUGCUGGAUGAGUCAGAGCUGAUGGUGCAGCUUCCAGACAAGAUGAGACUGGACCUGGCCAUCGAUGUGAACUACGACAUUGUCAGCAAGGUGGCGCUCUUCCAGGGCUGUGACCGGCAGAUGAUCUUUGACAUGCUCAAGCGCCUUCGCUCAGUUGUCUACCUGCCCAAUGACUAUGUGUGCAAGAAGGGGGAGAUUGGCCGAGAGAUGUAUAUCAUCCAGGCGGGGCAGGUGCAGGUCCUGGGUGGCCCAGAUGGGAAGGCCGUUCUGGUGACACUCAAAGCCGGAUCAGUGUUUGGAGAGAUAAGCCUGCUGGCCGUGGGGGGCGGGAACCGGCGCACGGCCAAUGUGGUGGCCCACGGGUUCACCAACCUCUUCAUUCUGGACAAGAAGGACUUGAAUGAAAUUUUGGUGCAUUAUCCCGAAUCUCAGAAGUUACUCCGGAAGAAGGCCAGGCGCAUGCUGAGAAACAACAACAAACCCAAGGAGGAGAAGAGCGUGCUCAUCCUGCCCCCACGUGCCGGCACCCCGAAGCUCUUCAAUGCCGCCCUCGCCGCAGCAGGAAAGAUGGGCGCCAGGGGGGGCAAGGGUGGCAAGCUCGCCCACCUGAGAGCCAGGCUCAAGGAGCUGGCUGCCCUGGAGGCGGCAGCGCGGCAGCAGCAGCUGCUGGAACAGGCCAAGAGCUCGCAGGAAGCUGGGGGAGAGGAGGCCUCUGGAGCCGCAGACCAACCUGCGCCCCAGGAACUACCGGAACCCAAGAAGCCCCCAGAGCCUCCGGAGUCCCAGGAGCCCCCGGAGCUCCCUGCCCCAUGCUCUUCACCGCCGGCCCCGGGGAAGCCCGAGGAAGUCACAGAGGAGGCUGCGGAGGCUGUGGCUGGGCCCACGGAGCCCUCGGUGAGGAUCCGUGUGAGCCCAGGCCCCGAUCCGGAGGAACAGACAAUGUCCGUGGAGAUGUUGGAGGAGAAGAAGGAAGAAGCUGAGUGAGGCUCACGCAGGCCCCACCCCAUGAUUCCCAUAAUCCAUGGUCCCCAUUCCCGGGUCGGCCCCGGGCGGGCGGUAGAGCCGCCUACCUGGAUAAGCUUCCUAGUCCAAGAACACCUCCUCACAGGCUUGCUGUGAAAACCCUCAAAUUUUAUCAAAUGGUGGUGGUGUUCUUGAGCUCCCCGCCCCCUCCCACAGUUGCUAUUUUCAAGAAGAAAACCACCUUGCACUUCUAAAAGUUUUUGGGAGGGAAUAGAAGAGGGCUCCGACAUCACGGAGAGCUCUACUAGAAAAAUCGAGGGUUGGUGAUAUGGCAGGGCCCCCACCAGAACCCACCCUUGGCUUAAGCGACAGGGAAGAGCCGGGGUGGGAUGCCUGAGUGCCCGCCUUCAAACCCAGUGCUGGGGAAGCUGAGGCAGGAGGAACCUUGUCAAGGUCAGCCAGAGCUGCAUAGUGAGAAUCUGCCUCCAAACAAACCAAGAGCAAAACUUCCUGUAAACAUCUCUAGAUGCCAGAACAGUAAACACAGUAGCAGCAGAGCCUGUGACUGGGCACCCAGUACACUGCAGUUAAUGAUGAGUGGCGUUGUUAUCUUACCCCUUUAAAGUUUGCUUACUUUAGUAGGCAAUGACAUUAAAAGUUCUCCAUGCUACUCCUGGCUCCCCAACCCCACCCCGACCACUCUCAAGCAUCAAAUAACAAGUGUGGAAAAAAGCAAACAAAAACAAACACUAGUGGUUCUCUGUCAGUACGUAGAGGGUGUGCUUGUAGCUGGGCAUGGUGGGGCACUAGGGGCUGAGGCAGGAGGAUCACUCGUUUGAAGUCAGCUGGGGCUACAUGACCGUACCCUAUCUCAAAAAGGGAGAGGAGGAAAAUGCACGGGUUCAUUGGUGAUGUCAGCCUAGUCCCUUGUUCAGAUGUGUGGUGACAUUCUAGCCACGUCAUCAGUGAGCAUUUGGGUUGUUUCCAGUCUCACACUAGUAAGAAUAACAUCCUGCCGGGCGUUGGCACACGCAUUUAAUCCCAGCACUCUGGAGGCAGAGGCAGGAGGAUCUCUGUGAGGCCAGCCUGGUCUACAGAGCGAGUUCCAGGACAGCCUCCAAAACAAUACAGAGAAACCCUGUCUGGAAAAUAAAAACAAAAACAAGACAAAAAUCUCAGGACAUUGAGAGAACUCAGUGGAUAAAAGGCCCUUGACACACCACCAUGCAAGGUUGACCCGAAUCUCUGAAAUUUGUGUGAAAGGAAUCAGCCCUAAAACGUUGUCUUCUGACCUCCACCACCCAUGCACUCUCUCUCUCUCUCUCUCUCUCUCUCUCUCUCUCUCUCUCUCUCUCUCUCUCUCUCUCUCUCUCUCUCUCGCAUGCACGCAUGCAUACACUCAAUAGCUCACAAUAAUAAAAUUGAUACAGAAAAGGAUUUGCCUUAUAUAGAUUACUUUCCUGGCCAGUUGAGGCCCUGAGCUUGAUCCUCAAUACCAAAAGAACGAACCCCACACAGAUCUAAUCUCACUGGUACACCUUAUUUUUUAAAGCGGGGCGAGCUGGGAGUCUAGUCAUAGUUAAUCCUAGUGUCCUCAUGUAUAUUCUCAUAUCUGCACCCUAGAAUCUAAAGCCCAGGGUAUAGAGAAUGCUUCCGCCUGUGGCAGGUACUUCAGAUAUUUCUAUAAGGUUAAUAUGGCACCCUGCAGUAGACCUAAGAAUGUUCCUGACCCGGCCACUGUGAGGUCCUGCUUCAUAAGGAAUCUUCUCUGUGGAUGCACCUACUCUUUUAGAGCUAGUCUCUGAGAAUAGACUGUUUAUUAUAUAAAGCGAGAGGUUCUUGGGAUUCCUGGAAAGAAAAUUAAUUUUGAAAUGAAAACAGCAGUGUCUAUUUCACUGAGCUAUCUCACUCAGGGUAACACUCUCACAGAAUCCAGAUAUUAGGUAAACUGAGUUGGAGACAGGCACUAAUCUCCAAAUUAAACGACACAGCUCAGAGAUCACUGUAACCCUGAGUCAGAACAGAACAUGUAUGUGUGACUGUUGAAUCUCUCCUCUUUCAAUCCUCUCAGUCUGUCUUGCAUUUGGAAUACAACGAAUCGAACGCCAUCUUUUUUUAAAACUACACAAAUAUUUUAAAUAGAAUUAAAACCAAGUCGCUGUUGAAAGUUUCAUUAUCAAAAUAUGCUCAGCCACCGGAAAUAGUCUAAGCUGUUGUCUCGGUCAACAAGAAUGCUUUCUGUACACACCAGCUUUCAUAGUACAGUGAAUUUUAAUUAAAGUGUUUAGACAAA